CAGACAGAGACAGACAGACAGACAGACAGACAGACAGACUGACUUACGCUCCACUCCAGCCAUGUCUUCACACGUCAAGCUGAGAAAAGAGAGAGGCACCAUCGCUGAAUAUGAGACUCAGGUUAAAGAGAUCCGAUCCCAGCUCCCGAUCCAUGCUAGCCUGUCAUCCGCUCGAGCUCUCGGUUCUCCAGAGAGACCUGCUGAACGAGCACCUCUAGGUCCUCACCUGCUGCAGGACCUGUCCGAGUUCUUUCGGAGGAAGGCGGAGAUCGAGACAGAGUAUUCCAGAGGGCUGGAGAAACUGGCAGAGAGAUUCUCAUCCAAGAUCCGCAACUCCAAGGAGCACCAGCACUCCAGGAAAGACCAGGACUUGCUCUCCCCAGUGAACUGCUGGCACCUGAUCCUGAAUCACACCAGACAGGAGAGUAAAGAUCACGCAGCCCUGAGUGACACCUACAGCAACAGCACGGCUGUGAGGCUGUGUCACAUCACGGAGGACACCGGCCGCCUGUCCAAGAAGAGUAAAGAGAUCGGUCUGCAGAUGCAGGAAGAGCUGCUCAAAGUGACCAGCGAACUUCAGACAGCUAUGAAGACCUAUAACCAGUACCACACAGACAGCAUGAGCGCAGAGGGGAAGCUGAAAGAAUUUGAGAAACUGGAGGAACGUCACAUGGGCAAGUCAGCUGACCCGGGGCUCGGCCAAUCAGGCGCCGACGCCAAGCAGCAGAGGCGGAGCUCCCUGAAGAAGACGGAGAAGCUCAAAGAAAAGAGGCAGUCUAAGUUCCUGGAGAACAAGCUGAAGUGCACGAAGGCUCGUAACGAAUACCUGCUGAACCUCGCGGCGGCCAACGCAGCCAUGAAUAAAUACUAUCUACAGGACGUGUGCAGCCUGAUCGACUGCUGUGAUCUGGGGUUCCACCUCUCCCUGGGAGUGACCCUGCGGCUGUACCUCGCUGCCCAGUCCCGGGUACAGAAGUCCCAGCAGGAGGCCAUGGGGGUGCUGGAGGGGGCCGUGCAGGGGCUGGACCCCCCCGGCGAUCAGAAGAAGAUCCUGGAGAUGAACCACGCGACUUUCUGCCUGCCCUUCCGCUUUGAGUACCAGCCUCAUGAAGGGGAUCAGGUGUGCGUGGUGAGCGCGGAGGCCCAGAUGAGGAACGAGCUGGUGACUCGGUUCCAGCAGCUGCAGUCCCGUCUGUCCAGCGUCAGCCUGGAGACGGAGGAGGUCAAUAAGACCCUGAAGGCGACACUCAGAGCUCUGCUAGACUCUUUCAGCAUUGAAGACUACAGCUCUCCCGACCCCCUCCAAACCAGCCAAUCAGCAGAGCCCCUCAAAAGCUCGGGCUCCGAUCCGCUCGGCAACAAGCCCAACAUUGCCAAAAGGAGAGCCAAUCAGCAGGAGACUGAGAGCUUCUACUUCACGAAAGUCAAGGAAUAUCUCAGCGGAAGCAGCUUGAUCUCUAAACUACAGGCCAAACACGACCUUCUCAAAGAGGCCAUCGAGAAAGCUGAAUCGGUAGACAGCGACCCCUCCAGGCUCCAGUGCUCCAGCAGGUCUCUGCGUGUCAGAAAGCAGCGGCCGUGCUCCCAGUACAACCACAAACUCUUUACUGGGGACCUGCAGCAGUUUGUGGAGAGCUCUGGUCAACUGAUCCCUCUAGUGGUGGAGAGCUGCAUUCGAUUCAUAAACCUGCACGGGCUGCACCACGAGGGAAUUUUCCGCGUCCCGGGGUCACAGUUGGAGGUGAACGAGAUCAGGAACGCCUUCGAGAGAGGAGAGGACCCCCUCACUGACUCAACGGAUCAUGACAUCGACUCGGUGGCCGGCGUGCUGAAGCUCUACUUCCGAGGCCUGGAGAAGCCGCUCUUCCCACAGGAGAAUUUCCAGGAAUUAAUGGAGAGUGUCCAGAUUGAGAACCAGCUGGAGCGGGCGUGUCACAUCAAGAAGGUGGUGGGCAGCUUCCCUCAAGCCGUGCUCGUGGUCAUGAGGUUCCUUUUCGCAUUUCUCAACCAUCUUUCUCAGUACAGCGAUGAGAACAUGAUGGAUCCUCAUAACCUGGCAGUGUGUUUCGGACCCACUCUGGUGGCAGUGCCAGCGGAUCAGGACGUGGUGUCGGUCCAGCCCCACGUAAACGAGGUGGUGAAGACCAUCAUCGUGUACCAAGAGAAGAUAUUCCCCGGGGCAAAGGAGCUGGAGGGACCCUUAUACGAGAAGUGCAUGACUGGGGAGGAGGAGUACUGUGACAGCAUCCUGCCUGAGUCCAUCACAGAGGAACUGGAGCAGGAAGGAAGUCUGCCUGAGCCGGCGGUCAGCGAGGACGAGCUGGACUCUGCCGAGGCUGUCGCCCUGUUUGAUUACUCUGGCCGCUCGCCCCAGGAGCUGUCAUUCAAAAAGGGAGACACUCUGCUGCUGCAGAGCAAGGCCUCUGCUGAUUGGUGGAGAGGGGAGCUGGGCGGGGCCAAGGGGCUCGUCCCUCACAAGUACAUCAACCUACCCGAAGUCACUGCAAGGAGGCUGGAGUUGAAGGGGAAGAGAGAGGAGGGGAGAGCAGCCAGCGUCAGCAACUUGUCAGAGGAGCCCAAGGGAGAGGCAGGGAGCAGGAUGCGUGUGAACUCGGACAGCGCCUCGCUGCCCCGCAAGAGGAGCGGGAGCAGCCCUACCCGAAAGCUGACCUCCCCCUUCAACGAGCCCCCCCGCAUGCACUUCCCAGGGUCCUCCCUCCCCGCACAGGGGCGCCUCCUCGCACUCCCAGACAGGUCCCAGGAAAGGCGCAACACUCUGGAUGCUGCACUGGGGUUGGGUGCCCCCUUAGGGAGGCACGGGGUGUCUGCAGAGAGGAGCGGCCAGGACCAGCCCACAGUACAGCUGGACAAGGAGGUUACGAAGCAGAUGAUUCGUGUUCCUUGUGUGGGUUCAAGUCGCUGCUGUCUCUAA